CGCCUUUCUUUUCUGCUGGAACUUUCGGUGCCAUGUUUAUCUGGCUUCUCUGAAAAAUUGUUUGGAAUUCUAGAUGAUCCGAUGAGAUCAGCUUUGAACAUGCCACGGUAACUUAACUGCUAUUUAUUACAAAUUAUCCAGGAGGAUUAAUUAGUAUGCGGAUCGAAAUUGCCUUUCGCCGAUUGGUUAUUUCAUUAACUGACAACUACCCAUAGGCCGACGCUACCGACAGCGCAUUUUGCCUGCUAAUUAUCUUUUGUUCGGAGUACGGCGCGGUUUUGAUUGGUGCGCUUUGAUCCUCUGAUUUGAAGAAAAAUCAAAUAAAAAUCCGGGUCAUAGUUUCGGGCUGACUAGACUAGAACAAAAUCGUUCAACUCAACUUUGCCAGAGAUAACAAGCAAAGAGAACAUUCAGAAAGUGAAAAUGACAGGUCGAGGAAAAGGCAAAGCUCCGGGCACCAAGUCUAAGAGCCGUUCAUCCCGGGCAGGACUUCAGUUUCCUGUUGGUCGUAUCCAUCGUCUCCUUCGCAAAGGCAACUACGGCGAGCGUGUCGGCGCAGGUGCUCCAGUCUACUUGGCUGCCGUACUGGAGUAUCUGAGUGCUGAGAUUCUCGAGUUAGCUGGAAAUGCUGCUCGGGACAACAAGAAAACCAGGAUCAUCCCUCGUCACCUGCAGUUAGCCGUUCGAAACGAUGAAGAGUUAAACAAACUUCUUGCUGGUGUGACUAUCGCUCAGGGUGGAGUUCUUCCCAACAUACAAGCAGUGCUUCUACCCAAGAAGGCGGAGAAGAAACAACAUUAAGCUCCCAGCUUAAUAACAAACUCAAAACGGCUCUUUUAGGAGCCACCAAAUGUUGAUAACAGUCAUGUUCCAAUACAAAGAUAAGCGGCCUUAUAGCAAUACAUCAAAGUUACCAAAAACUACCUCCUGUUAGGCAUUCGCUUCAACUACAAAACAAAACUAAUGAAAUCAAUGUAAAGUUGCCUGCAGUACACACAUAGAGAAAAACACAAGGCGUACAAUAAUUAGGCAUGCGCGCGUUCGUUUUAAACCGAAAGUCCAGUGUAUUAUAUUUAUCAGCUGGAAGUCGAUAAAAGUGACUUAAAACAGUCUUAGCGAGUUAAUCUCUUGUGUGACUUUCAUAUAUAUUCUCUACGGCUUUUAUUACAAGAUCUAAUAAGUACCUACGAGUGUUCGAGACGUUGUCUAGUGGUCCUGCUCGGUUCGGCCAGGAAGGCGG